UAAUUAUCCAAUUAAAGGGCGACAGCCUCUUUCAUAUGUGGAAGGAGUUAAGGGCUUUGCUCAGUGCUCAGUUCUCUCAGGCUGUCUUGGAGGGCUGUUGUCAGUGGAGGGCUCUCUGUAGUGCUCCUGCUCAUUGCAUCCGAACUCCUCCGCUGGUUGAAUCUGCAUCUUGAAAUCUAUUGGAACUGCUGGAGUACCAAAGGCCGUAAAACAAACAAACCACCCAAAGGAAGAGGAAAUCAACAACAACAGCGACAACAACGACAACAACUUGGCUUGGCUUUUUAUUUCUUUUCCAUCUCGAGCGUAGGUGAUCCUCAUCGAGCGCCAUGGGUGCUCACGGCUCCAACCUGGACGACAUCCUGGCGGAGGACAUGCACCACUGGUACAACAAGUUCAUGAAGGGCUCUCCCUCCGGCGUCAUCACGCUGUUUGAGCUCAAGGCCAUGCUGGAGAUGCAGGGGAUGACCGAAGAGGCCAACAGCUAUGUGGACCAAGUCUUCUUCACGUUUGACAUGGACGGGGAUGGGUAUAUAGACUUUGUGGAAUAUAUAGCAGCAGUAAGUUUAUUACUGAAAGGAGAAAUAAAUCAGAAGCUGAAAUGGUACUUCAAGCUCUUCGAUCAAGAUGGAAAUGGAAAAAUAGACAGAGAUGAAAUGGAGACAAUAUUCAAGGCCAUUCAGGAAAUCACCCGUAAAUAUGACAACCCACCAGAGGAAAUAGUGGAACUGAUUUACACAAAGGUCGACGUCAAAGGCGAGGGAGAACUUACCUUGGAGGAGUUUAUCGUUGGAGCACGGGAGCACCCAGACAUAAUGCUAUUGCUCGGCCAAAUGAUGGAUCUCACUCACGUCCUGGAAAUUAUAGUCAUGGGCCAAAAGCCCAAACCAUGAUCUUAGACAACUUUCACCAGUAGGAAAGAAAAUACAUUUUGUUGAGAGGGUUGGUCCCAAGGAAUGCAACUUUUUUUUUUUUUUUUCAAAAGAAGGACACACUGUUAAAACCAACACAAAGAGUAUACAUGAGCAUCCAAGGGACUUGGCACUAACUUGGAAACGUAAUGGGCUUGGGAAUGAAAUGGCUCCACCCUCUAAUGGCGGACUGUGAGGAGCUGCCCCCCGAAUGCUGCGUCUGCCUACACCAACUACUGCUCUGUGGUGCCUGCUCCUCCAUUACAAUCUCUCUCAGAGACGAUCAGAGAUCUCUUUGAGCCCGUGGCUCUCUGUGAGAAGUCAUCUCACUGAGAUAAAUUGUGCUGGGCCUUUUAGUUCACGUUCCAGUCAUGACCAUGGAUGUCCAUGUUGAACCCAGCGCUGGAGAAGGCUGGUAGUCGUGGACAUGCCAUGUAAUCGCUUGGUUACAGACCAAGAGCUUGGGUGAGAAAGAGAGAGGUGUUAGCCGGAGGCUGUAUGUUGUUGCGUGCAAUUGGCUUUAUCCUUUAUCCUUUAAUGCCAUAAGGAUCGCAAAGCUGCCUAUAUUUGUUGGCUCUGAAGGGGCAGGAGAAAAAGCUCAGGCAAGGAAAAGCGUAAGACGUGUAUUUCAAAGUAUAGUCGUGGUGAUGUUUUCAUACAAAGACAAAUGAAAAGUCAGAUGCUGGUCAUAUGAUAUUGGCAAAACGAAAGUUGAAUGUUGAAUGUUAUUAACACAUAUAUGAACUAUAUGUUGACAUAUUGAGUGUUAUGGAACAAUCUGGACAGAGUUCUACCUAGAAAACCAGGGAUAGAAAAGAUUUAUUGACGAAUUGCUCAGGGCUCAGAGCAAGUAAAUCACAUACAAAAACACACAAAUUAUGUAAAAGUAGACGUAGAAUAGGCGCAGGCAGCAUCAAGUAAAAUGUCCAGGUUGUUUUGAGAAUUCCCCACCUGAAGAGUAAGAAAGAGUAAGAAGAGUAAGAUGUUGGGUUCAGUUUGAACUGCUCUCUGUAAAUAUUGCAUUCCUUAGUGGUGGUAACAGGUUGUGUGUGUGUGUGUGUGCCUUACCAAUAAAAACAACCUUUGCAUUAAAAGUA